CGGCAUGCUUUAAUUAAUCCACACGGCCUGUACUUUGUAAUAGCUCCUAUUAUCAUUAAUAACAAACCGGGUUACAGGUGUUUCCACCUACAACCCUUCCGAUUACUUAUACUUAGCAUUUGCAUGGUAAUUUACGCCAUCAAAUUGGCGACGACCGUGGGACCUCUUUCCAAAAAGAAGCCAUGACGAAAUACAAUAACGCCCUGAUCCCGGGAGGAAUCACAUCAUUACCUUCUCUUUUCUCCCCCAUGAUCACCACCUUUACUACUCAAACAACGCCGAGUCAAGCCUUCCAAAACUUUGGACAAUUUAUGCCCAUGUUCCAACAAGCUGGGGGAUUUACUCUUUUCCUCCCUGGAAUGUAUCCCCAUGCUUUGGCUCAAAAUACAUUUCUUCCUAACACGUUGGGGCAUCCCCCGUCAUUUCAACCGUCCAAAACCACCCGGUCGGUCAGCCCGACAAAACCACCCGGGGAGCUGGAAAAGGCAUGCCCUUCUCGGUCUAGGAGGAGCAGAUCCCACAAGCUCCACACUCAGGUCACACCCGACGGGGGCGUGCGCUCUGUGCGUAGCAGGGAUGAACACUGGGAUAUUCCCAGGGGCCAGAAAAAGCUACAGGGCAAAGCUGUCCAGCCGGAAGAUUCACGAUGGUCAGUGUUCCAGAGGCUUGGACACGAGGGGCGGAACCAGAACCGACCGGCCAAGGAGCGAUUGGGGGUGAAGGUUCCCAAGCCAGGCAAAUUCUACUGGCUAGAAGGUGGUAGGCAACCCGGUCAGAUCAGGCGCUUUGACCCUCGCCUCCGUGAUGAACCCCAACACAGCAAGGUGCCUAGAGCGGAGGGCCAGACGGAAAGCCAGCCUAGAGUAGCGAUGCGCACGCAUGCUGAACCAUCCAGCAACCAGGUGGACAAAGCGGAAGAACGUUUGGAGAGGCUCUUGAAGAGAGUUCAUAUGGAGGAAAAGAAGAAAGUGGUGUUGAACAACCAUUUUAUCAUCCGCUAAGACCGGAUAUGUACCGUGCCAAUGUUCAAUAAAGUUGAUACUUUUUC